AGGUUGUUUGCAAAGUACAGAGAGCUCAAUUGGUUGUCUAGUUUGCUUAAUUUGAACAAAAAAAGAAGAUAAGAAUAAUGUCUUCAGUUUUGAGAACUUCGCGCAUUGUGGCGGCGAGAGUUGCUGCUGCUGGUGCUCCGCGCACUGCUGGUGUGUCUGCGUUCCGUGGGUCGUUUGCUGCUCGUAACGCUGCUGCUUCUGUUGCCGUUCGUGCGUUCAGCGUCUCGCGUGCUUCGUUUGAGAAGCCCGCUCUCCGCCUCGGCUCGCCCGCGCCCAACUUCCAGGCCGAGACCACCGACGGCCCUAUCGAUUUCCACGAGUUCAUCGGCGACUCCUGGACCAUUCUCUUCUCCCACCCCGCCGACUUCACGCCCGUGUGCACGACCGAGCUCGGAGCGUUCGCGCAGCUCAAGCCCGAGUUCGACAAGCGCAACUGCAAACUCCUCGGUCUUUCGGCCAACGGGCUCGAGAGCCACGGCGAGUGGAUCAAGGAUAUCGAGGAAGUCGCUACGGGGGGAACCAAGUUCAAUUUCCCAAUCAUCGCCGACCCCGAGCGCAAGAUCGCGUACUUGUACGAUAUGGUCGAUCACCAGGACCUGACCAACAUCGACCAGAAGGGAGUCGCAUUCACGAUCCGCGCAGUCUUCAUCAUCGACCCGGCUAAGAAGAUCAGACUGUCGAUGCUCUACCCUGCCUCCACCGGCCGGAACACCGCCGAAGUGCUCCGCGUGCUCGAUUCCUUGCAGACCGGCGACAAGGCCGGCGUUACUACCCCGAUUAACUGGAUCCCUGGUGAGGAUGUUAUCGUCCCGCCUUCGGUCUCGGAUGCCGCUGCGAAGGAGAAGUUUGGCGAGUUCAAGGCCGUCAAGCCUUACCUCCGAUACACAAAGUACCCCGAGGCUCUCCUCAAGAAGUAAUCAGUAAUCUCUUUGAUGUAGUUAUAGUGAAAAGAAAAUCUUUUUCUGAUAAAUAACUCUCAACUCUCAUAAUUGAGAUAGUAAGCCUUACCUCCGACGAUACUCAAAGUACCCCAUGACUCUCCUCAAAAAGGGAUCAGUAAUCUCUUGAUGUAGUUAUAGUGAAAAGA